AAAAUAAAUCCUGUGAUGAAAGUGCUACAGCCGCCAUAUAGGAACCGAAUCUCAGGGGUGACUCUGGAUGCUUCUUUCCUCCCGGUGCUUGCUCUGCAGCUGCAUCUCCUCCAGGCCUCCACAAUGCAGAUGGCGGCUCCCGUGUGCCUGAUUGAGAAUGGGCGAAGUGGCCUCCACAUCCGUCCAGAGGCCCUUCAGUUGCUCUCAAAAAUCCGGAAGCCGGUGGUGGUGGUCUCCAUUGUGGGACUGUACCGCACGGGCAAGUCCUACCUGAUGAACAAGCUGGCUGGCAAAAAUUCAGGUUUCUCUUUGGGCUCCACGGUGCAAGCAAAUACAAAAGGAAUCUGGAUGUGGUGUGUUCCCUACCCGGAAAGGCCUCAUCAAACCCUUGUCCUUCUGGAUACUGAGGGAUUAGGUGAUGUGCAAAAGGGUAAUUCUCAAAAUGAUUCUUGGAUCUUCGCUUUGGCCGUGCUGCUCAGCAGCACCCUUGUCUACAACAGUUUGGGGACCAUUGAUCAGACUGCUAUGGACAAGCUUCACUUUGUGACAGAGCUCUCUGAACACAUCAAGACAAAGACUUCAUCCAUCCAUGGAGAUACAGAAGAUACUUCUGAAUUUGUCGGCUUCUUCCCCACAUUUGUCUGGGCUGUGCGAGAUUUCACUCUGCAGCUGGAACGGAAUGGGCAACCCAUCACGGAGGAUGAUUAUCUGGAGCAAGCUCUAGAAUUAAAAAAAGGUAACAGUCAAGAGGAGCAGAUGUUUAAUCUGCCACGCAAAUGCAUCCGACUGUUCUUCCCCACCCGGAAGUGCUUCAUUUUUGACCGUCCUACUAGUAGGAAGAACUUACCUCAUCUGGAGAAGAUGCAGGAGAGUCAGCUGGACACUGAUUUUGUGGAACAAGCAAAGCAGUUCUGUCGUUAUAUCUAUUGGACAUCUCAAGAAAAGACUCUUCCAGGCGGGCACGUUGUCACUGGCAAUUUGUUGGCAGAGUUGGUCAAGACCUACAUGGAUGCUAUCUGUAGUGGCAAAGUUCCUUGCCUGGAGAAUGCAGUGCUGGCCUUGGCUGAGAUUGAGAACACGGCUGCGGUGCGUGAAGCUGGUGCUCAUUAUAUGCAACUGAUGGAGCAAAAGUUGGAGCUACCCACUGAGACUCUCCAGGACCUUCUGGACAUACAUAAAAUAUGUGAGAAAGAGGCCCUCCAGAUGUUCAUGGCACGUGCUUUCAGGGAUGAUACACGUCAGUUCCAGGGUGAACUUGUGAAAACUCUGGACAGCAAGAAGGAAGAAUACUGCCGCAGAAAUGAGCUGAAAUCUUCUGAAGUCUGUCUAGCUGUCUUGAGGUCACUAUCUGAGGGCUUGGAACAGAAGAUCAAGAAUGGGGCCUACUCCCGACCUGGUGGCCACCAGGAAUUUGUAAAUGACCUGAAAGAAGUGGAGGAAAGAUACCAUGGGACACCCAAGAAAGGAAUAAUGGCAGAGAAUACCUUGAAAGAAUUCCUCCAGAGCAAGGAAAGCAUCAGCAAAACCAUCCUUCAAAGUGACACAACCCUUACAGAGAAGGAGAAGGAAAUGGCAGAUGCAAUGGUCAAGACAAAAGCAGCAGAACUAGAGCAGGAGGUCCAGAAGCAGCAAAUAGCAAUGUUGGAACAGAAGUUGGAGGACCAGAGACAGAGUUACGACAUGAACCUUCAGGAGCUAAAGGAGAAGAUGGACAACGAAAGGAGGAACCUACUGGAGGAGCAAGAGAAGAUGAUCAGCAGCAAACUCAGGGAGCAAGAGGCUUUCUUGAAAGAGGGCUUCCAGAAGGAAGCUAGCCAGCUGAGCGGGGAGAUCCAGGAACUCAAAAAGAAAAAAGAAGAGGUGCAGAAGCCAUCUUGGUUUACCUCAGCUUUCGAAAUCCUGGGAGACGUGGUCAGUGUAGCAUUACCAGGACUUGUGGGCAAAGCUGUUGGGGCUGUUACUAGAUGGCUCAAGCGUUUGUAAUCCAGAACAAAAUCCAGCCUUAUAUCAAGUGAUGCUCUCCCAGGAAGUGCCUCUACAUCCUAGAAAUGAUCUGGCUGCAUUCUUACUAGAGUUAUUUUAAGUAUGUUCUGUAAAUUUAAAUUCAUGGUAUGCAGUCAUUCUGAGACUUUAGGGGCUUAUUUCCUUAAGAAACCUGUGAUUUGAUAGCAUUUUAAGGCCUCAUAGGCUUCCGAUGGGCCACAGCUUUAUGGGGUGUCACAGGCUGAGUUCAGGCACUUUAUUAUGCUCCUGUUUGUUUGUUUGUUUUAAUGUUGAAGCUUUCAGUCAUGUUUUGGGGUUUUAUAUAUGACACAAAGCCCAAACUUAGCGCAGUCGGGAAAGUCAUUAUACAAUAACUGUUGGGUUAUUGCCAUGUGCAAUGGGGCUACCCUUGAAAAGUAUCUGGAAGCUGCAACUGGUGCAGAAUGUGGUGGCGCAGGCAGUUAUGGGUACCUCUAGGGCUGCACAUACAACAUCUCUGCUGCAUGAGCUGCAUUGGAUGCCAGUUUGCAUGGUGUUGGUUGUGACCUUUAAAGCCCUUCAUGGGCCCAGGUUACCUGAGUAAGUGUCUCGUCCCAAUUACAUCAACCCACCCCACCUGGUCCUACAGGAGAGGCACGUUAUGAGCCCUGUCAGUAUGAACCCCGUUAGUUAAAGAAUUCCAACUGGUGGGGUCCAGGAGGAGAGCCUUUUCUGCCCUGUGGAACGUCCCCUGAGGUGAGGUUGGCCCCCACUCUUCUGGCCUUCAGGAAGAGCAUUAAGACCUGGCUCCUCCACCUAGCAUGGGGAUCCAAUAGUUGUAUGUAGCCCUGGGGGUGGUUGCUGGGUUGAGCAUGCUCCCUCUGUCUUUCUAACCUUAUUUUUUUGUAAGAUUUUUCAUUCUCUCUUUUACUUGUAAGCCACCUAGGCUCACUUAUACAGUGAGAUGGGUGGCAUAUAAAUUAAAGAAAUAAACCAAAGAAAAUUCAUUUCAUUAAUGAGAGAAAGAAAAAGAAUGAAAUGGGAUAGAAUGAAGCACAGCGAAUGAAGGUUAUGACCUUAGCCUGUUUCCCAAAUAUUGGCUAUUUCCCCAUUAGCAGUUUAUAGUGUUUUAUGGCAUCGUCCAUCAUUAUGCCAACAUAACAGGAACUAGAUAAGGCAUUAUAGUGCUUUAUAAUGUUGGAUAUUCCUAGAAAAUGUGUUUUCAGUUCCAUUGAUUACCAAGAGGUACCCAUGCCCAGUUUGGUCCUUAUUGGGACUUCUCAGACACCAUGCAGCCAGAUACCAUUCUGUGAUAUCAUUCUAUCAGUAGAAUAGAAUAUAGAAUAACUGUUAACAUCUGUGAGGAGUCCAUUUACACUGCAGUAGCUUCAUAAACCUGAACUCAAAAGGCCUACUAGAAAAUACAACAAAGCAGCCUGUUUUAUAGUUCGCUUACUUAACCCAAAUAGCUGGAUAUGCAUCUCACACUGACCCAUCAGAUAACCCCAUUAGAUGCUUUUGCAUUGCAACUGAGCCACAUUAAGAUUUGUGGUGCUGUGACCUCAUCUUUGGGAUGUGCUUAAAAGUUAACAGGUUUCCCCGUUCUUCCAUGCAGCAUUAAGAACUUGUUCCCAAAUAGGCAGGAAGCUGCUUAUGGAUAGAAUGCACAAAGUAAUUGAUGUUCAGGUUGUUAACACUUAAAGCAAUCCCUCCAGGAAGCCUGUUGGCUACUUGUUUACUUGCACCCAUGUUACUUCUCUCCAGUGGAGCCAAUCUUUCUGAACACAGGGGGAAGGAUCAGGCUGGAGACCUCCCAGGAUCAUGUUUCCUUCCGUGGAGCCCCAUGGCAUCCCUAAGGUGCUGGGUGGAGGCAAUCUUGGGAGUUGACAGUAUUAGCAAACUGCCCUUCUCCUGAUCAAUACAAGAAGAGGUAGGAUGCCCAGGGAGAAGCUCAUCCUUUUGCUACUGAGAUUUGAAGUGGUUUAAAGCCGAAUUUGUUGAAAUGCUUGCUUGCUUGUUUUCACAACACACAAUUCGAUUGUCUCUGAAAUAAAUAGUUGCAUUCCAA